UGCUAGCUUUUAAGUGGAAAGCACAACUUUAAACAAAAAGCCAGAGCAGAUCGAGAAAAGAAACAAAUUAUGAGUGGAGAAAAAAAGGUCGUGUGUGUAACGGGAGCUUCGGGUUACAUAGCAUCAUGGCUUGUGAAGCUUUUACUAGAACGUGGAUUCAUUGUCAAAGCCUCUGUUCGUAACCCAGAUGAUCCAAAGAAAACAGAACACUUGCUCUCACUUGAGGGAGCUAAGGAAAGACUUCAUUUGUUGAGGGCAGAUUUAUUGGAAGAAGGUUCUUUCGAUGCUUUAGUUGAGGGAUGCGAAGGUGUUUUUCAUACUGCAGCCCCUGCAAUGCUUUCAACCAACGAUCCACAGGCAGAAAUAAUUGAACCUACAGUGAAGGGAACGCUAAAUGUUCUCAGAUCAUGUGUAAAAGUUCCUUCUGUAAAGAGAGUGGUUAUAACAUCUUCCAUGGCUUCAGUUUUCGACAACAGAAAACCUCUGAAUUCCGAUGAGGUAGUAGAUGAGACAUGGUUUUCAGAUCCUGUAUAUUGUAAGGAAAAGAAGAAUUGGUAUGUGCUUUCAAAAAUUUUAGCUGAAAAGGCCGCUUGGAAAUUCGCAAAAGAAAAUGGUAUUGACUUGGUGACCAUACAUCCAGGGAUAGUGAUUGGUCCUCUUUUACAGCCAACUCUUAAUCUCUCGUUAGCGAUAGUUCUGAAUCUCAUUAAGGAUGGAGGUAAAACAUCUCCCCUUUCAGUUUUUAGCACCGCUGAUGUUCGAGAUGUUGCAUUCACACAUAUUCAAGCAUUCGAGGUUCCUUCUGCUAGUGGAAGAUAUUGUGUAGUAGGACACGUUCUGCACAAUUAUGAGGCCUUGAAGAUUUUAAAAGAGCUCUACCCUGCUUUAAGCAUUCCUGAAGAGUGUGAAGAUGAGAAGGCCUUGUUUCCAAAACCCCAAAUGUCAAAAGAGAAAGCAAAAAGUUUGGGUGUUAACUUCACUCCUUUGGAAGUGAGUUUUAGGGACGCUGUGGAAAGCCUAAAGGAGAAGGGUUUUAUUGACAUUUAGAUAAUUAUCUCAUUGAAAAAGAUCUUAUAAGGAAUGAUAAUUAUAGAUAAGCCACAAAUAUCUACCCUUUUCCUCGUUAUCUUGAACCUUACGUUAUUAAGUUAACUACAUAUGCAAGUUUAUCUACCUAAAGAAAAAAUAAAUAAAGCUACAUAUGCAAG